GGCCCUCCAGUCGCCGCUAGGAGCUUCAGGUCGCUCGUCGUUUCUCGAGUUCUACCGGCUGUCGGAUCGGUGCUCACCUCUCGGCCAUGGAGCCGACUCCCGACGCCGAGGAGGCGCACACGGUGCGCGAGGCGCUGGGCCGCUACGAGGCGGCGCUGGAGGGUGCGGUGCGGGCGCUGCAUGAGGACAUGCAGGGGCUGCAGCGCGGCGUGGAGCGGCGCGUGGCCGAGGCUCUGCGCCUAGCCGGCCCCUUGGCUCGCACCGUGGCCGAGCUGCAGCGGGACAACCAGCGGCUGCAGGCGCAGCUCGAACGCUUGACGCGCCAGGUGGAGGCGCUGGGCUUGGCGACUGGUGUGUCCACUGCACCCGGCACGCCGAGUCCCCCUCCGGCGGCCGCAGUUACAGAGCGCGCGCCCCGCCUGGGCACCGCACGCUUCUCCAGCCACGCCACCUUCUCUCUGUCCGGUCGCAGCCAGAGCGUGGAACAUGAUGAAGUCGGUGAUCUCGAGGCGAGACGAGCUUCGAACUCAUGCAUUAUGGAGAAUGGACACCAGCUGGGUGCAGGUUCAGCCAAUGGAGCUUCUGAGGUUCAAAUCUCCUCAGCCCCGGAUCCCCCUAGGCCACGCCCUGUGAGCCUCUCCUUACGGCAGCCCCACCAGCCGGUCACAGCUGUCACCCGAGUCUCUGAGAAAUUCUCUGGGGAGACCUCAGCUUCAGCUCUGUCACCCACAUCUGCUGCCAUUCUGGGGAGCUUUAGCCCAAGCCCUAGCGAGGCCAUCAGCCCCUGGACUCCUAGUCCCACUGAGAAAAAUUCCUCUUUCAUGCGGUCCUUGUCUGGCUCAGGGUAUGGAGCAGUGACAGCAGACAAGCACAAGGACAGCCCUCCAUUGGUGACUCCACCACAGUCACCCCCGUCCUCGCAGUCUCCAGCAAUGACUCAGGCCCCUCGCCAGGGAGAGCGACGGAGGGAAUUGGUGAGGUCGCAGACGCUGCCUCGUACCUCAGGGGCACAGGCUCGGAAGGCGUUGUUUGAGAAGUGGGAGCAGGAGACAGCAAGCAAGGGCAAAGGUGAGACCAGGGCCAAACUAAAGAGGUCACAGAGUUUCGGUGUGGCCAGUGCCAGCAGCAUCAAGCAGAUCCUGCUAGAGUGGUGCCGAAGCAAGACUGUGGGCUACCAGCAUGUGGACCUGCAGAACUUCUCCUCCAGCUGGAGUGAUGGGAUGGCCUUCUGUGCGCUGGUGCACUCGUUCUUCCCUGAUGCCUUCGACUACAAUGCCCUGAGCCCCACACAACGGCAGAAGAACUUUGAACUGGCCUUCACCAUGGCUGAGAAUCUGGCCAGCUGUGAGCGCCUCAUUGAAGUCGAGGACAUGAUGGUGAUGGGCCACAAGCCUGACCCUAUGUGUGUCUUCACCUACGUGCAGUCACUGUACAACCACCUGCGCCGCUUCGAGUAAAGCUGGGAGCCUGGAGAGGCCAGGAAGAAGACCGUGUUGUGUGGCCACUCGCUUUCCCCAGGCAGCAUGACACCCCGGGGGCCUCUGCGAUGGCGUGUGACCACUGCCCCUCACACUCGGUUACUGAUUCAAAGUAUCGAUGAGGCUAAGCUGAGCCCCACAGCCUCUCACAGCCAAGGGCUUGAAGGGAAAGGAAAAACUCUAGAGUCAGAGAAAUUGGUGCUAAGUGAUGAUCUUCCUACAGGGAAUGUUAGUAUUUUUCCCUUUGGUGAAUUUGAUACAUUGGCUUGACAGGGUUUCACUGAUUAUCAAGUUUUCUUCUUUUUCUUUUUCUUUUUUUUUUAAUCAAAAUACCCAGAGUUUUUUACUUCCUCACACUAUUUUGGGUCCCCUUCCCCCCUCUGUCUGGGCCACUGCUAGGAAACAGACUCAAGUUGUUAGGGAAGAAGAGUUAAUCACACCCAGGUCUUGGGUAGCAGAUGACUUAAUGUGUCACCUCUCCUCUGUGGGGAGGUGACAAGGUUCCUGCCUAGGUCCAGAGGGGCUUCUGGCAUUCCCAAGAGCCCCCACAAGUGUUCAGUUAAGAGUAGGUUACUUGGGCAGUACCAGGAAGGACAUGCUAGAUUCUUCGCACUCAGAGGGUUCCCAUUCACUCAAGGUAUUUAUAAAAAGAAUUUCAUUUGUAUCACCAGCCUGUUUGUACAUAAAAGAUGUGUCAACCUUCUCUUGGGUUUGUAACUUCUGUUUGGGAUAUGGGAGGAGGGUUGGUCAAUAAGAGACUGCAUAGAUUUAAACAAAGAUCUACUGAAAUCAUACCUUAAUUGUUUAUGUGUUCAAAACCACUUGCCUGUGAGGCUGAAAAAUGACAUUUCCCAUCUACCAAUGUGCUUGUCCCUUGGCCAUCUCUAUGUUGUUGAAGGACUGUGAACAGAAAAUUUACCCCCUGCAGAUCUGUCCCUUAGAUGUUGGCAAAUAUAUUAUGAUAAAAAGUG